CACUAUUUAAUUAUAGUAGAUGUGGCUUAUAAAAACACACAUUCAUGGAUAUGUUUUCUUUCUAAAAGAUUUACAAAUUAUUUGUAACGCUCACCCCCGUGAUCGGAGUAAAUGGUACGUUCCAGGAAGUCCCGUGCAAUGUGCAAUCUGCUGCUAUUGUUGCCGCGUAGUGAAAUUUAUAAUUUCAAACAAGUACAAAUACUGAAGGGAAACGACAAGCGAUUAUUUGAAACAUGACAACUUGUUACAGCUAUUAAAGCCGUGUUUAGUGUACGGUAGCAGCUAAAUAACGGUACCUGGUCCGCCUGUUGGUAAGCUACCAUGCCAGACUGGGUCAGUCUGUGUGUAGUCGUUAGCCUCCUAAGUCUUCUAACACUGGCCAGUUACAUUUUGUAUUCGGGACUCCUUUCAGAGAUCGCUGUCCUAACUGGACGCCCACCCAUAAAAAAGAUUACAUUCGCCUACAAAUUCAAACAAGGACCUUACAGAAACAGCGGUCAACUUUUUAAGGAGUCUAACUAUAUUGGCCCAGGACUUGCAGAGAUUGGAGUAUUUUAUGAUGACCCUAAAAAGGUGCCUGGAUCACUUUGCCGCUACGCUGUCGGCAGCAUUCUCAGCGAAGGGGAAAACAAGGCAGACGAGGAGCUCCUGAAGCGCUAUGAGGCGUCUGGCUUUAACGUCUACUCCUUUCCCGAAGUCACACAUGCGGUCACUACCUCGUUUCCCUACAAGACCUUUUUCUCCAUCCUCCUGAGUGUAAAGCGAGUCUACCCACAGCUAGAGCACUACAUCAAGGAACGGAGGCUGUGCGCGCACCCAUUCCUUGAAGUCUACAGAGGAGGUCACAUCCACUUCAUGGUCCCCUUGGCACGGCAGGGAGAUUUUUAUGUGCCUGAAGUCCGGCAGAUAGAGAGGAGGCUGUCAGAACAAGAGGAAUCUCACAGUGACACGGACGUCUCAGGUGCAGACUCCAACAGCGAGUACAGCUCGGAGAGUGGGGUUCUCCUGUCAGACAGCAGAGAGACGUCACUGGCGGCGUCCUCGGUCCGCUCCGAGCCCAUCCGCGAUCAAGGGAAUAGAGACUACAGAGGCUCCGGGGGAAAUUCGAUUAAAAGGCCGGACUGGGAGCAGACUGAUGGACAGCAGGAAGAGAGAGAUGAGCAGCUUCAUGAAGACUCCAACCAGAAGAGCCAGGAGGUUCCCACUCAAGCCUGGUGGGGUGUUGUUGGAGAGGAAUAAAAGUUCACUGAGCCAUAUUAGUUGUGGAUAAGAGUUUAAAGGUUGGGAACUGCUGAUUGUAAAAUGUUUUAGUAUGUGUUCAUGCCCAAAUGCAUAAUAGAUAACCGGCGAGGCUUUAUAUUUUUAUUACUGCUGAGAAGUUUCAUGAAACACCAAAAGGUUAUUGAUAAAUAGAUUGAUAUUUACAAAUUUAUAAAUCAUUUUUAAAAAUUUGCUGCUCAUUCUGGACUAAACUGUGCGUUUGUUAGGGUUAUUGAUCAAUGCACAUUUGGUUCUCUUGCAAGAAUCUACUGCAGGUGUAUUGUAUCGGCAUUUGUUGAUAAAACGAACAAUGUAGAAUUUCAAGAGGCUUUUGUUCUUUUAAUCACAAAGUGAAAGUGUAUUACUGCUAAAUGACAGUUUGGGUACUUGAAUGUGAAGAUGUUCAGGUAAGCUUCAGGUCAUUUUUUGAAACGUUUUUUUGCAGACUUGAAUACCCUCCACUUUUAAUAUUUAAUCCUUUCAGCUGAAAGAGAAAAACGCUGUUUGAUCAUCUUUAUGUUGCUGUACUGGGGGGGACUAAGUAAAACAAAAUGAAGUACUGUGAAAAACAUAUAGGUACUUUGGAAAAACACUGAGAAGAUGCCUCGUUACCUUCAGAAAGAAUCUAUUCAUUCUCGUUAGUAGAGAGUCGAGAGAAACAAUUGGAAGUGUUUUCAUAAUUUUUAAGUGCUAAUGCUAAUCGGAUUAUUGAAAGCUUACACCGCCCCUCUUAAUCCUAAACAAAGUUCCUUUUGACUGCCAGUUCUGAGUGACCUGGUUGCGUGAUGAGUGGAAAUCCAGAAUAGGAUCUGACACCAAUCUAGAAGAUAGAAAAUAAUGAGUAAAUUACAUUUGUGAAACAUCUUACAGUAAGUGCCUAAACAUUUGCACGGUGCUGUAUCUGCAGGGAAUUCUGUUCAUUUCAAAUGUAUUUAGUGACUUGUUUACAAAUUCCAAUCAAUACAGCGUUUCUUUCUCCAGACCUCACGGAGAGUCAGUACAUUUUACUUUCUCAUGUUUCAGUGAAUAUAUUUGAACCGUAUGUCUUUGUGUGAAUUUUAAAUACACUUUUGUACCUUUAGUGUUGACGUGUAUGUUUUAAUGUCCUGCCCUUUGAAAGAUAUACACUAUAAAGAUAGUGUGAAUGAAUGAAUGCGCAACGACCUUCUUCCUGUAGUCCUCAGAGCACCUCUUGAGAUUGAGGACAUGAUUACAGUGACUGUGCAGCCAAGAGUGGACUGAUCAUUCAUAUUAAUUUCACUCACUGACUCCAACGUAUAUUUACAGUCAAUACAUCUGGCGUCCUCAGAUGGUUCUCACAUAGUCAUUCACUGGUGUUUUCAGUUCAGCCGUCAAAUUCUCCCGUUUCACUUUCUCACUGCUUCUCCCAUCUGUUGUAUCUUUGCGCAGUCUAAUUUCUGUUUGUUAUGAAGUCAUCUUGUUCUUUUUCCCCUUUCCCUGUGAAAUAAAUAUGGCAGCUGCAGCCUGAAAGAC